AUGACACAUGGUUUUGAUAAAAAGGACCAAGCACUUCAUUAUUUCAAUCAAUUACUACUCACUUUACCAUCUUAUCAUGUUGAUAUGCCAGACAUUUUACAACAACGAGCUAUUUUAUACCAAGAAAAAGGUGAACAUUCAUUGGCUUUAAGUGACUAUGAACGGGCACUUGAAAUUCGUCGUCAACGUGUCCAAGAGAAUCUCUUGGGCAUUGGUUCACUCAACAGUAAUAUUGGUAAUCUUCAAAAAACAACAUCCAAUUUCGAGACAAGUCUAAACAGUCAUCAUGCAGCGCUGAGUACUUAUGAAAAAUUGUAUGGAACCGAGCAAGACCAUGUAACAAAAGCGAAGGUAACCGAAAACAUUGGUUUGACUUAUUAUAGCAGUGGAAAUACACUCAAAGCACUCGAAUAUUUAACGCUUGCUCAAACCGUAUACAAACGACUUUUGCCUGAAAAACACCUAUUCCAAAUUGAACUUCUUGGUCAUAUCGGUACAAUUCAUGAAGCAACAGGAAAUUUAACUUCAGCAGAAAAAUUAUUUCGUCGUCAGCUAAAUUGGAGUGAGACAAUUCUACCAUUAGAUCAUCCUCUACUCAUUACAUUUCUCGAUUCUGUCUUGCGCAUUCACAUGAAAAUGAAUCAAACAUUAAAUAUUAGCACGAUAUUCACUGAAUAUUUACAAAAACUCAACAAAACGCUGGGUCCACAGCAUCCUGC